AUGAUCAUCAUGGCUGAUGUAAACGGUGAGGCAUGGCCACGCAGGAGCCUCCACGAGGACGAGGACGAGGACGAGGCUGAGGACCUGCAAGGUUGCGAUAUCACACAGGUCCCAAAGCGCGACGCAGCCGCAAAAAUCGUACAGCACAUACAGCUGUGUGCUGCUCACGGUGACCGUUUCGGGGGCGAGUACAUCACGUUCUCCAGCGUCUCCCCGCGCGUGUUUGAGGAUCUCCACGUCAAACUUGCCGGCCGCCACGGUCGCCUAACCUACUUCGGCGCCGACAGUGGCAUCCUCCUGGUAAAGAUGGCCGAUGCAGUCCAUGAGAUAGUCCACACAACUGCGAUUGAUGCACUGAGGGACCAGGCCGUUGUGAUGGGCCUGUCUCGCAAGGUCUUCCGCGUCGGAUCGCCCCGAUACUACUCAGCCACCGGCAAUGGCAAUGGCGCCGCCAAGGAACCCGACGACGGAUUAGCCCCAGCUGAUUAUCGCGCCCAUAGCGACAAAUUCCCCACCUUUGUUAUAGAGGCUGCCAACUCCCAAUCCCUCCGUCGUGGUGAUGUCAGGGUGGUUCUCAUCAUCAAAAUCGCCAACGAUGACCUAAGCGCCAUUGAUUUGGAGCUUUGGCAUCGUAGGUGGAAACGCCCCAAGAAGGCGAGAAUCCAGCUCAAGAAACCCACCACCGCCACGAAUCAGCCUCUCAACAUUACUAUAGAUGAGAACCCUGCUCUCUGGAGCUGGUCCGGUGUUCCGUUACGUGUCGACUUCGAGGAUGUCUUCUUGCGGCCCAAGCAAGGUCCAGAAGAGCAGGAUCUCGUGUUGACAAGUGAUACACUUGUCAGGAUGGCCACACUGGCCUGGCUCAAGCGGCGACAGAUACGUCGGGACGACCGGGUUAUGCAACGAAAGGAGGAAGAGGCACGCCGAAAGCAACAGCGCGAGAAGCUCGAGCAGAAGAAAGCCCAGGAGGACAAAGAGCGCGAGCAGCGUUUGCAACGGCGGGAGCCACAGCGGUCUCUUUUCCAGCGGACUGAGAAGAUGAGGCGGCGCAUCACCAAGGAGUACAAGGAGCACAAGGUUAAAGACCAAGGAAAGACAGCAGAGCUGCACAUUACCAAGGCGGUCGAGGAGGCAGAGCAGCGUAUUGCCGAGGAACGCCAGGCGCGCGAGGAGGCAGAGCAGCGCCAGGAGGAGGCAGAGCAGCGCCAGGCUGAGGCAGAGCAGCGCCAGGCUGAGGCAGAGCAGCGCCAGGCUGAGGCAGAGCAGCGCAUUGCCAAGGUGAUGGAAGAGGCAGAGCAGCGCAUUGCCAAGGUGAUGGAAGAGGCAGAGCAGCGCCUGGCUGAGGCGUUGGAGGAUACACAGAAACGCCAUGCCAAGGCUAUCAAAUAA